AUUGGUAGAUAACGCAACAGUAAGUUUCCAGCAGUCAAACUAUACGCAAGUGUCACAAAAAUAAUUAAAAAUUAAUAAAUUUAAAUUUAUUUAACGAUAAUAAAUAAAUAAUAAAUCAUAAGAAUGAAAGCACGUACAACAAUCGCACUCAUCGCCUUCGGCGUCUUGGCAGCGCUGGUCGCCACCAGCAUUGCCACCAACAGCACUUGGGGCCAACGUGGACGCUACGAUCGCCUGCUCUACCGCACACAGGUCGUCAAGAAGUCCGACUUGUGGCGUGUGAUAUCUGUGGAUGUAGAGUUCCCUGGCAAGAACGCUUAUAAUCCCUACUACAUCACCCAGGUGGUGGCUGUCGAUCACAAGCGCAAGGAUGGCGGUUAUGCGCAGCUGCGCAAAGGUGGUCCCGGCUAUCGCAAUGUAACCCUGCAUAUCAAAUCCGACCGCAACCAUGGUCUGAACUACACUGUUGAGGUUUUCGGCAAUUAAGCGAAUAUUGUGUUAAAUGAAGGACGAAAGAAAUUUGUUAAAUGCAAAGCGCACUUAUUUAUAAAUAUAAAAAUAACACUGGUUAAAAAAAACUGAAAAGCUGAAAGUAUAAAAUAAUUCUGUGAUUAAUUUGAUGUAUACAUAUACAUACAUAUGCACCUGAGUCUUUAUGAAUAUGUAAAUGCGAUGGUUUGUUUUUGUAAAUAUAUGAAAAACACACUUAAGUAAACGGUGUUUGAUUUCUACUCCAAACAAAAGGUAAAA